UCAACCAACUCCAUCAAAUAGUUCAAACCCUCCUUCUUCUUGGAGGGAUUCAUAAGCAUUUCUCGAGCUCUUCUUCCGCCUUCUGCCCUUUUCACGUCUCAAUCUUUCUCUCUCUCUCCCUCGGGGUUACAGUUCUUCGUCUCCUUCGUGAUCUACUUUCGAUGCCAAUGGAGGAAGUCGAAAUUCCCUCGUUCUUCCUAUGCCCGAUUUCUCUCCAGCUCAUGAAGGACCCUGUCACGGUGCCGACCGGGAUAACGUAUGACCGUGAGAGCAUCGAGAAGUGGUUGUUCUCCGCCAAGAGCAGCACGUGCCCGGUGACCAAGCAAGCGAUUCCAGACUGCGAAUUGACACCCAACCACACGCUCCGGCGGCUCAUCCAAUCGUGGUGCACCCUCAACGCUGCGCAUGGCAUCGAAAGGAUUCCGACCCCAAGACCUCCCAUAAGCAAGUCCCAGAUUGCUAAGCUCCUCCACGAGGCUGAGUCCCCAGACAUGCGAAACAAGUGUCUCAAAAGACUGCGGUCGAUCGCUACCGAGAACGCCACUAAUCGAUGCUGCAUGGAAGCCGCUGGUGCCGCUGACUUCUUGGCGACACUAGUGAAAAAUGAAACCUCGGUGAGCUCUACAUUACUAGAUGAAACAUUGUCCGACUGUCUGAGUUUUGAGGUCACAACUAGACCGCUCGAUGAGGCUCUGGCCGUACUUUAUCACCUACAACUUUCUAAAGCCAGCCUUAAGAACCUCAUAGGCAAUGACGGAGUGUUUGUCGACUCGUUGACUCGAAUCAUGCGGAGCGGAACCUGCGACUCUAGGGCAUACGCAGUCAUGUUACUAAAGUCCAUGUUUGAAGUUGCUGAUAUUAUUCAACUGUCAAGAUUGAGGAAGGAAUUGUUCGUUGAAGUAGUUCGACUUCUGCGUGAUCAAGUCUCACAGAAGGCAACGAAAUCUGCAUUGAAACUGCUUAUCCUUGCCUGCCCAAUGGGUCGUAACCGAGUCAAAGCCGUGAAAGCCAGUGCCGCGGUCUUGAUCGAUCUUCUCCUUGAUUCAUGCAACAAAAGGCAGAGCGAAACGAUCCUUUUGCUUUUGGACGUGCUGUGCCAAUGCGCAGAGGGAAGAGCCAAGUUGUUGGAGCACGGAGCAGGGAUCGCCAUUGUGUCGAAGAGGAUACUAAGGGUUUCGGAGACAGCGAACGAGAGAUGUGUCAGGAUUCUCUUGUCCAUCUCCAAGUUCUCGGCAACACCGAGCAUUGUGCAAGAGAUGUUGCAAGUAGGCGUUGCCGCGAAGUUGUGUCUAGUCCUCCAAGUUGAGGGCAGGAGAGAGACGAAGGAAAAGGCGAGAGAGAUUCUCAAAUUGCAUGCCCGGGCAUGGAAGAAUUCUCCGUGUAUUCCUGCUGACUUCCUUUCUUCUUAUCCAGCAUGAGAAGAGAAUCGGCUUUUUCUUUGUAAAACUUCAUUUAGAGAGUUCUUUAGAUCGGUCAAUCGAUUGUACACAUUGUUUAUUUUACCGAUGAAAAUUACGAUAUAUGGAAUCGACACGAAUAUACUUCUUGAUAAA